AUGUAUCCUGGAUCCAACAUCAUCCAGGAUCAAGGAUCCUUAGGGAGUCAACAACCCAGAAGCUCUGAGAUUCAUGUGGGAGACUUCAUUCCCAUGCAAACUAUUGCUUCAUCUGGUCCCACAGUUGCACUAGAAUUUGGAUUCACAUCUGGAAUCCCAGCCUCAAACCAAUCAGGAGGUAACACUUUCAAUACAUCUUACAAUGCUAACCGUGGUCUUGUGCAGGAACCAGGGAUCAACCAGGCAAUGGCUAGGGAGUUGCAAAAAUUUAAGGAUAUGAUAUCCAGCGUCCCAAGAGUGGUUAAGCCCAUUCCUGAGAUCCCGGAUGGGAGUCACAAGGUGUCUCGCUUUGCACCACCCAUAUGUAAUGCGGAGAUACCGAAGCGAGUCCAAACACCAAAUAUGAAGCUCUAUAAUGGUACAACUGAUCCAAAAGAGCAUGUAGCACAAUACAGGGAGAGAAUGGAGAUCAACCCCGUUCCAGAAAGGUUAAAAGAAGCCUGUCUUUGCAAGGGUUUCGGAUCCACAUUGACUGGAUCAGCUCUGAAAUGGCUGCUAAGUCUUCUUCCUUAUUCAAUUACUUCAUUUUCUAAUUUGGUUAACUUGUUAAAUAGUCAAUUUUCAUGUAGUAGGAGAUUUGAACGGUUAACUAGAGAUUUAUAUAGGGUCACCCAAGGUCAUAAUGAAUCAUUAAGGGAUUACAUAACUAAAUUCAGUAGAGAAUCCUUAGAAAUCCCUAACUUAGAUAUUGCUACAGCUGUUGAAGCUUUUAAAAUGGGUUUGCUUAAGGAUUCUCAGUUCUAUGAUGAUCUUAACUUAGGUGACAAGUCCAGAUGGCCGAGGAAAAGUGACAAGCCAGCUGCUAUCAAAGACAAAUCGAAGUGGUGUGCUUAUCAUGAAGACUUUGGUCAUCUCACAGAUGAAUGCAUAGCACUAAGGAAUGAGAUUGGUUACCUUAUGAGCAAAGGAUACUUGAAGGAGUUAUUCGGAAGGAAGAAAUCAAGGAUCCAAGAUUCUGAGGAAGUCCCUGAAAAGGCUCCUCCACCAGUCGAUGCUCAAAUUAUUCAUUUCAUCUCCGUGGCUCUGAUAUCUGUGGACCCUCAUCACGAUGGUCUAGUUAUUACAUUAAGCUCAGUGAACAUCAUCCAGUUAGAUGUCCUCAAAAGAAUGAACAUUCCUGAAUCCGAUAUUGUUCCAAGAUCAUCUGUCCUUGUGGGAUUCAGUGGAGAGAUGAAGAAUACAUUGGGGGACAUCAAACUUCCUAUUUAUAUAGAGGGAGCCAUGGAUACACGAUAUGAAAGCAAUCCCCUCAACAUAUCAUCAGUGUGUGAAACUCCCUACUCCAUGGGGUGUGGUGAAGAUCGAAAGUGA